AUUUCUAUUUAGUAAAUAGUUUAUUAAUGAAUUAUCUAGUAUCACUUACCUUGAUUCCCCUUUAAAUUCCCCUAUUUUCCAUUGUUGACCGUUGCACCACCAAAAAAAGUUCAGUGGCUGUUAAAAAAAUUUGGAUACGAUAAAAACGGAGUUGAUUAAAACAACAACAACAACAAUAUUCAAAACCAAGCAGAUUCUAACCAAAGAUGAUUUUGAUAAAGUGCUUGGUAUUGAUACUAUCAUCGACGCUGGCAAUGGCUAAAAACCUGGGUCAGUGUAACAAGAUUUUAGCCCCUGAUGAAGCUGGCGAAUCUGCAUUCAUAAAUAUAACAGCAUUAGAGGAAACUAGUUUAUUGGUGUUUCAUGUCACUGAUAUAGAGAAAACCAAUAUUCCACUAUAUUUCAAUGAUCAGACAAGUCUGAUGAACAUAGAGGAUGGGUUUUAUCUAUGUACAAAGGAAUUAUUUGAUGAUGGCCAUUGUUCAAACGUUGGUGAAUUUGUUAUCCGUUAUGAAAAUGGAGGCCCACAGGAGGAAAUCAUUAAUAAAUUGUUGAAAAAGGGCGAUAAAGUCAGCUAUAAUGUUACUGAUGAUGGUGUUUAUUGUAUUUAUACACAUGCAGCAAGUGAUGGUGUCCAAUAUAAGAUCACUCAACCUUAUGGGAAUUUAUCAAUUGAUGAGAAACAAGAGUUGAAUGUAUUAUUGUUUAGCUUAUUGCCCCUUGAUGUCAUACUUUUAGUCUUUUGGGGCUGGAAAUGGUGGAGGCUAGAAAAACAGGAACAAAAAUUCACAAGUAUUCAAAAAACUUUAUGCAAAUUAUGUUUAUUUACUUAUUUUUAUCAUGAGAAUCAUAGGCUGGUUUUAGAUUAUAUCAAUCGAAAUGAUAUGACUUCACAAUCACUUUUAUGGAGAGUCUUGCUUGUUUUGUGCGCUAAUGGGUCAAUAUGGUUAAUGAUUACAAUUUUUUGGUUGUAUCACUUAUGGAUAAAUAGUCCAUCUGGUGUGAUUGUUAAAGAAGAUAAGAAAACCGGGACUGCUUUCUUGGUCUUAUUAGGUCUUUAUGGUGUUGUUUCUGAAUUUUUUGCUAUCUAUCCAACUCAAGAUGUAACUCCAGUACCGUUACUUCAUCUUGUUAGUGUCUUCCAUUAUGGUGCUAAAAUAUUGAAAGUAUUUAUAUGGACAUUUUUAUUAGUGAACCUUGGUGAAACGAUUAAAAAAUCAAAUGAUUCUAAAGUAAAGAGAAAAUUCGAAAUUUCAAAACAACUGUCAAUUUUGAUUCCUGUUUUCAUCAUCUUUACAUCAAUUUUUUGUCAAUUUGUCACAAGUUUUGAUACAUUUGCACGUUCUUUGAAGAAAAGUCAAUCGAAUGAAUCGGUCAUAGUUAAUGCCUUGGAAAAUAGUGUCCAUUAUGGGUUCGUCUUUGGAUUGGUACAAAACAUGGCCUAUUUCAUUAUCCCUUUGAUCAAUAUUUCAUUGAUUUAUAUAUGGAGAGAAGAUAAAGUUAAUGAGAAUGAAGAUAUUAAUGAGAUAGAGUUGGGGAAUUUUAAUGACCGCAGUGAUUAUGCUAAGGAUGAAUGAUAUAUAGAUAUGCCCUUGAAUUAUGUUUAUGAUAUGAAUGUUAUGUGAUUUGAACAUUUUGUAGUUUGAUUCUUAUAUUCACGUGACUAUAAGCAUGACUUUCACGUGACUGGAACGAAAUAUCCGAAACAAC